AUGGCUUUAUGCAGAGAAUCCAAUGAAGAAAGCAGUACAAAAGAGAUGCAGGAAGCUCCAGUGAACAGCAUAGAGCAUAGCUUCGUAUUAGAACAAGUAGAGAAAGCUGUCAUUGCAGAAGAGGAAGAGUCGGUUGUCGUGAAAAACUCCGUCAAGGAUGUUACAAUUGACGCUGAGGAGGAUUUUGCAUCGCCUCCAUUGCAAAUAUCUUAUGAAGAACUGAACGGAAUAACCCAGGACAUAGGCUUCCUUGAUGAUGAUAAUCACGAGUCCUGUUCUCUCAGUGAUGAACUUGCAUUUGCAAAUAGGAAAGAGAUACAUUCUCUAAUAUUUCACACUGGUUUUGACAUGGAUGAGUUAACCAGUAAUGCACUCAUAGACAUGUAUGCUAAAUGUGGGGAUGUAAAAAGUGUUGUGCAAGUUUUUGAAGAAAUGGGUACUAAAAAAGACGUGAUUUCUUGGAACUCAAACAUAGUUAGAUUUGCAAAAUAUGGUCAUGCAGAAAGCGCUCUAAAGGUCUUCAAUGAGAUGGCUCACUCAUGUGUUACACCAGAUGAUGUCACAUUCCUCGGAGUACUCACUGCUUGUAGCCAUACAGGGUAG